AUGGCAUCAUUCUUUAGCCUAAAUCAAUCAAGUGACAUCCAUUCUUUACAAAAUGUUAAUUUAUUCAAAAAAGAAAAGCCCAAUAAUGAACUUCCACACUGGUAUUGUCAAGAAACCGGAGUAUACGAAAGCAAACAUUCGCCAAGAACCCUUCCUUCUGACCCCUUUGUCGACGUUGUCUCAUACAUUUUUUCCCAAAAACACAAUGGCAAAACAUCCUUCAUUGAUGCAUCAACCGGGCGUUCUGUAUCAUACGCGGAACUACAGCCAUUGGUAAAAUCUAUGGCAUCCGGGCUUCACCACCAAAUGGGUAUUUCCAAAGGUGAUGUUGUGUUAAUGCUCGUGCCAAAUUCGAUACACUUUCAUAUCAUUUUUUUGGGUGUAUUGUAUCUUGGUGGUGUCGUAACCACAAUGAACCCUCUAAGUAGUCCCCAAGAGAUUAAAAAACAAACUUCCGCUUGUAAUGUGAAACUUGCCUUCACCGUGUCUACUAGAAUCAACGAACUGAGCUCAUUAGGGAUUGUUUCGGUUGGAGUACCUGAAACCCCAAAGUUUGAUCCACUAAGCGUAGACUACUCGCGUUUUUACCAAUUACUCACGAGUAAUCAUAAAGCACUCUCACCACAAACAAUUAGUCAGGAUGACACCGCGGCUAUUCUUUUUUCUUCUGGCACUACCGGUGCUAGUAAAGGCGUAGUAUUGACUCACAAAAACUUGAUAGCCGGUGUUGAGCUAUUUGUUCGAUUUGAAGCUUCACAAUACGGGAACAAUCACGAAAAGAGCAUUUAUUUGGCUGUUAUACCCAUGUUUCACAUCUAUGGCCUUACACUUUUCACUUUGGGGAUUUUGUCACUUGGUUCAUCUAUUGUUGUCAUGAAAAAAUUUGAUCAAAAUGAGAUGGUAAGAGCUAUCAGUCGAUACGGUAUCACUCAUUUUCCAGCAGUGCCUCCAUUGAUCUCUGCCUUGACCAGACUAGGAAAGAGUGUUAAUAGGGGCCACUUGAAGAGCUUAAAACAGGUAUCAAGUGGCGCGGCACCAAUAAGCAUCAAAUGCAUCGAGGACUUUACACAGACUUUUCCUCAUGUCGAUUUCAUCCAGGGUUAUGGCAUGAGUGAAUCUACCGCUGUGGGCACGCGAGGAUUCAACACAAGAUAUGUUAAGAAUUACUUGUCAGUUGGGCUGCUGGCUCCUAACAUGCAAGCCAAAGUGAUAAAUUGUGCUACUGGUUCGUGUUCACCUCCCGGGAAAACCGGAGAGCUUUGGUUACGAGGACCCGGCAUAAUGAAAGAGUAUUUAAACAACAUAGAUGAAACAAGAUCAACAAUUGAUGAGGAUGGGUGGCUUCGUACAGGAGACAUUGUCUAUUUUGACCAACAAGGGUUCUUAUACAUCGUUGAUCGAAUGAAAGAUGUCAUAAAGUACAAUGGCUUUCAGAUUGCUCCAGCUGAUUUGGAAAAUGUGUUGGCUUCUCAUCCAGAUAUACUUGAUGUUGCGGUAAUAGGGGUGAAUGAUGAAGUAGCCGGAGAGGUUCCUAUGGCAUUUGUGGUUAAGAAACCUGAAGCUAAAAUCUCGCAAUCUGAAAUUAUUGAUUUUGUUGCUAAACAGGUUGCGCCUCACAAGAAAGUACGAAAAGUGAAAUUUAUUAACGCGAUACCGAAAACAGCAGCCGGUAAAAUUUUACGAAGGGAAUUGAAGAGCUUAAAUGUGUCUGUGGCCUCUAGGCUAUGA